CCCUCGCGGCUCCCGUACAGCCGCCCGUUCGCGGUGCGCCUGCGCGAGUCCGCGGAGUCCUUGGGGUGGCGGCGGGCGCGGGCUGGGCCGGCAGCAGGAGCAGCAGCAAUGCAGCGCUGGGGCCGCGUCUCCUGCGCGCUCGCUCGGAGGAGCCAUUUUGAUCGAGUUCACCGCGGUCUCCAAGGAGUUUGUGCCGUGCCGCAGAGGAGCUACGCCGAUCAAGUUGAUGCGGAUGUCACAGUUAUUGGUUCUGGUCCUGGAGGUUAUGUUGCUGCAAUCAAAGCAGCUCAGCUUGGGUUUAAGACUGUCUGUGUAGAAAAAAAUGAAACAUUGGGUGGAACCUGUCUGAAUGUUGGAUGUAUUCCUUCAAAGGCCUUGCUGAACAACUCACAUCUGUAUCAUUUGGCCCAUGGGAAAGACUUUGCUAGCAGAGGAAUUGAAAUUACAGGAAUCCGCUUGAAUCUGGAGAAGAUGAUGGAACAGAAGAGCGGAGCAGUGAAGGCCUUAACAGGUGGAAUUGCUCAUUUAUUUAAACAAAACAAGGUGGUACACGUAUCUGGGUUUGGGAAAAUAACUGGCAAAAACCAAGUCACUGCAACCAAAGAUGAUGGCAGCACACAAGUUAUCAAUACAAAGAACAUACUCAUAGCUACAGGCUCAGAAGUUGCUCCCUUUCCUGGAAUCACUAUUGAUGAAGAUAAUAUUGUGUCAUCCACUGGUGCUUUAUCCCUGAAGAAAGUCCCUGAGAAGAUGGUCGUCAUUGGUGCAGGAGUCAUUGGUGUGGAACUGGGUUCAGUUUGGCAGCGCCUCGGUGCGGAUGUGACGGCUGUCGAGUUCAUGGGCCAUGUUGGUGGAAUGGGAAUUGACAUGGAGAUCUCUAAAAACUUCCAACGUAUUCUUCAGAAGCAGGGACUGAAGUUUAAGCUAAACACCAAAGUUACAGGUGCUACCAAGAAACCAGAUGGGAAAAUUGAUGUAGCUGUUGAAGCUGCUGCUGGUGGAAAGGCAGAAGUCAUAACUUGUGAUGUGCUCCUGGUGUGCAUCGGUAGGCGUCCGUUCACAAAAAAUCUAGGACUUGAAGACAUUGGAAUUGAACUUGAUAAGAGAGGGAGAAUCCCAGUCAAUAACAGAUUCCAAACCAAAAUUCCAAACAUCUAUGCUAUUGGUGAUGUAGUUGCUGGACCUAUGCUGGCCCACAAAGCUGAGGAUGAAGGCAUUCUGUGUGUUGAAGGGAUGGCUGGAGGUGCUGUUCACAUUGAUUAUAACUGCGUGCCCUCUGUCAUAUACACUCACCCUGAAGUGGCCUGGGUUGGCAAAUCAGAAGAACAGCUGAAAGAAGAGGGAGUAGAGUACAAAAUUGGGAAAUUUCCAUUUGCUGCAAACAGUAGAGCAAAGACAAAUGCUGACACAGAUGGCAUGGUGAAGAUACUUAGUCAGAAGUCAACAGACAGGAUGUUGGGUGCACACAUCUUAGGCGCAGGUGCUGGUGAAAUGGUUAACGAAGCAGCUCUUGCUAUGGAGUACGGAGCAUCGUGUGAAGAUGUAGCCAGAGUUUGCCAUGCCCAUCCAACGGUGUCAGAAGCCUUCAGGGAAGCUAACCUAGCAGCAUCUUUUGGCAAAGCUAUCAACUUCUGAAGUGAAAGAGCAGUUCUUUGAACAUCUGUAGUACGUCUGAAAACAGACUGCGAGCCCUUGUGGAAGGCGAGUUUGAGGACUUUAGGAUGGAAUUAAAUGAAUCUUUUCACUUUAGACAUCAGAUAUUUAAACAAGUAGAGUUUGGAACAAGUGGAAUUAUCCAGUCUCUGUAAAUUAAAUAGUUAAUAUUCCAUGUUUAUUUACAUCAUGAAUGUUGCAGAAAAACAGCCUGACAGAACUCUUUCGUUCAAAACCAAAUAUUUUGCUGCUGCAUGGGAUGAUCAGGUGUGCUGGUCUCAGCUCUGUACAGGUGUCCAGCAUACCUGGUGUGUUCUUAUUUGAAGUAGUGAUAGACUAAAGCAGUUGAAUGCUGGCACUUAACAUGCCACUGGCACUUAAUGCCACUGUCACUUCCGCACAAAAAUAUAUUUCCUUGUGAAAGGAUUAACUAAGUAUUUAACCUACUUACAUAUGAGUACCAGAGUUAGUUUUGAUCUAGUAAUGUUAGGAUUUGGGGAAAGGAGGGACUUGUGUAAAUUGAUUAAUACUAUGUUGACUUUUUUUAAGAUAAAAUCACUCUAUGUGUGAUUCUCCACACAUCAUGUUUUCAUAUUGAAAACUCACUGGGGAAAAAAUCAAGUGCUGACGGGGAAAUGAAAGACUGAAGGAAAACUGCUCUUACUGUUAUUUAACUUCCUGUUUGUAAAGCUUCCAUUGUCCAACUCUCUUUGACCUUGAAAUGAUAAAACUGGGCAGUGAAGCCUCGCUUGCUGUUAAGUGUGAUGAUGUGAGGGUUAUUCCGCACCUUCCACACGUAAGGGCUGCAGCGUCAGCUCUCCAUACAGUUCAGACAUACUUCUUUCUCUCCUGUUUUCUAUUUUGUGCUCUCUUUGUGUCUCUUCUGUUUCGAGAGAGCUUAAUAAAUAUUUAAUGUUGCCGGA